AUGUGUCAUGUCAUUGUAACGUGUCGUUCGAUGCUAUGGACUCUCCUGAGUAUUGUAGUGGCUUUUGCAGAGCUCAUUGCUUUCAUGAGCGCAGACUGGCUGAUUGGCAAAGCGAAGCCUUCAAGCUCCGAGGAUAUGGACAACAAAACAGGGGGAUCACAGGAGCCUUACCAUCCGACGCUGGGCAUCUAUGGGCGUUGCACCAGAAUUUCCCACAUGCAGCUUUCUAGGCGAGACACGCUUUGUGGUCCGUACGCCGAAAACUUCAAUGAGAUUGCCAGUGGGUUCUGGCAGGCAACCGCUAUUUUCCUAGCUGUGGGAAUCAUGAUUCUCUGUGCCGUGGCUUUUGUGUCUGUCUUUACUAUGUGUGUGCAGAGUAUUAUGAAGAAAAGCAUUUUUAAUGUCUGUGGGCUGCUACAAGGGAUUGCAGGCCUUUUCCUUAUCUUAGGCUUGAUACUUUACCCUGCAGGUUGGGGAUGCCAGAAAGCAAUAAGCUACUGUGGACCUUAUGCUUCUGCUUACAAACCAGGAGACUGCUCCUUGGGCUGGGCUUUCUACACAGCUAUUGGUGGCACUGUUCUGACAUUCAUCUGUGCGGUCUUCUCGGCGCAAGCUGAAAUAGCCACAUCAAGUGACAAAGUGCAAGAAGAAAUAGAAGAAGGAAAAAACCUUAUCUGCCUCCUUUAACUCCAGUGGGGAAAUAUACCAGGGCCUGGAUCUUAAUCUGCUUUCCAUUGACUGGAAAAGCAGAUCCACUUACAUGUUUCUACCAUUUCAUGUGACUGGCCCACUGAAUUCCAGCCCUGAACUACUGAAAUGGUCUUUCUUCCUUGCUGGGCAAUGAGGGUCUGAGAAAGGAUCCCAGGAAAGGAGACUGUAAAUACAUGGGGAUAUUUUAGUUUCAUUCUAUGAUCAGGACACAGUGGAGGAUGUUAAGCUGACUGGGAAGGUGAGGAAUCGCGUACAUAUAGCAGGAAUGCUGACAAAUUCUGAUUGAUCGGAUUGCCUUACCGACCUUGGUCAGUUUGAAGAUUUGGAUUUAAGUAAUA